GAAGGCAACGUAAAACCCUAAGUUCACUUUGUGCUCACGUUCCAAUUUUUGUAGCUCUGAGAGAGACAACGUUCGCUCCUUCGUUCGCUAGCAGGAAGAGACUUCAACAUGAAGUUCAACAUUGCAAAUCCAACCACUGGCUGCCAGAAGAAGCUAGAGAUCGAUGACGAUCAGAAGCUACGAGCAUUUUGGGACAAGAGGAUCUCUCAGGAGGUCAGCGGAGAUGCUCUUGGUGAGGAGUUCAAAGGAUAUGUCUUCAAAAUCACAGGUGGUUGUGACAAACAAGGAUUCCCAAUGAAGCAGGGAGUUCUAACACCUGGCCGUGUUCGUCUUUUGCUCCACAGAGGAACUCCUUGUUUCCGUGGGUAUGGAAGGCGCAAUGGAGAGCGUAGGAGGAAGUCUGUACGUGGGUGCAUUGUUAGCCCAGAUCUCUCUGUUCUGAACUUGGUAAUUGUGAAGAAGGGUGAAAGUGAUUUACCUGGACUGACUGAUGUUGAAAAGCCAAGAAUGAGAGGUCCAAAGAGGGCAUCCAAAAUUCGUAAGCUGUUCAAUCUGUCUAAGGACGAUGAUGUGAGAAAGUAUGUCAACACAUACCGUCGCACCUUCACAACAAAAUCUGGGAAAAAGGUUAGCAAAGCUCCAAAGAUUCAACGACUUGUCACACCAUUGACACUGCAAAGGAAGCGGGCAAGGAUUUCAGACAAGAAGAAGAGAAUUGCAAAGGCAAAAUCAGAGGCCGCUGAGUAUCAAAAACUCCUUGCCUCCAGAUUGAAGGAGCAGAGGGAACGCCGCAGCGAGAGUCUGGCAAAGAGGAGAUCCAAACUUUCUAGUGUUGCUAAGCAAGCUGCCUCUGCAUAGGCCGGUUGCUUUCACAGAUAUGGUGAAGUUCAAUCAUCAUCAUAGUUUUGGUAGUGUCAUUCCAUGAUGGCUGCUUUCUGCUAAAAACUUGUUGAUUUGUUAUUUAGAUGCACUUGAGUAUACUCAACUAUUUCUUAAUGUUGUAUUUGACAGGGUUGAAUUAAGAAUUUUGGCGGCUUGAAUUUUGGAUCCAUUUGAUGUUUGUAACUUGUUUUUAUUAGUGAACUUAAAUAUUCCGUGAUUGAUAGAUGUAGUGCUAAUAUAAAAAUAACGAGUCUCUUU